AUGCAUUUGCGCAGCAACAUUUGGGAAUCCCUGCUGCCAGCGUCAUUGCUCCUUUGUAUUGUCUUUUGUCACAGCGGCGCACUGGCGGCACGCUAUCAAGGCGCAGCACGACAGCGCGGCGUGCGCUUCAACGCCGCCCACAUGACAUAUAACCACGCCUAUGUGCAUAAUCUCACCACCGAUGUGACAGCUGGCGCCUUGAAUAUCGAAAUGUGGCUGCUGAAGGAUGUGGUGCAGGGCUUCAUGACCAAAUUCGAUGUACGCAUCAGUCUCACGGCGGAUAAGAAACGCUUCCAGACCAUAUUCUCCUACAAUGUGGACAUUUGUGGCAUAAUGAACAACUUGUCGCGCAUUACUCUGCUGCGUGCCUGGUUGCUGAAUGUGGUUAAGUACAGUAAUCUAAAGCCGCAUUGCCCGAUUGGAGCGGGUCCCUAUUACAUAAGAAACUUUACUGUGGAGAAAGGCAGCAUACCAGUCUACUUGCAGGCUGGUGAAUACCGUAUUAUGACGCAGCAUUACUAUAAAGGCAGGAAGAACAAGAAAGACAUAACUGUGGCUAAUUUCGAGGCCGAUUUGCAGAUUGACUGA